CCUGGGAGCUGGGCGCAGGCGCGCGCGUGCGCGCCAGACUGAGGGCGCGCGAUGGCAGGUGUCUGGGCCGGGCGGCCACGGUUGAUGGGGAGACCGGCGUUGCUGCUGCUCGCGCUGUGCGUGGCGGGCGCCCGGGGGCUCUACUUCCACAUCGGCGAGACCGAGAAGCGCUGCUUCAUCGAGGAAAUCCCCGACGAGACCAUGGUCAUCGGGAACUACCGCACCCAGAUGUGGGAUAAGCAAAAGGAGGUCUUCCUGCCCUCGACCCCCGGCCUGGGUAUGCACGUGGAAGUGAAGGACCCCGAAGGCAAGGUGGUGCUGUCCCGGCAGUACGGCUCCGAGGGCCGCUUCACCUUCACGUCCCACACCCCUGGGGACCAUCAGAUCUGCCUGCACUCCAACUCGACCAGGAUGGCACUCUUUGCUGGUGGCAGACUGCGUGUGCACCUAGACAUCCAGGUUGGAGAGCAUGCCAACAACUACCCUGAGAUUGCUGCCAAGGACAAACUGACGGAGCUGCAGCUCCGAGCUCGCCAGCUGCUUGAUCAAGUGGAACAGAUCCAGAAGGAGCAGGAUUACCAAAGGUAUCGUGAAGAACGCUUUCGUCUGACCAGUGAGAGCACCAACCAGAGGGUCCUGUGGUGGUCCAUCGCUCAGACUGUCAUCCUCAUCCUCACUGGCAUCUGGCAGAUGCGGCACCUGAAGAGCUUCUUUGAGGCCAAGAAGCUUGUGUAGUGUCCUCUCUGCGUGACCCUCCCUCUCACCUAGUUGGGCACUUUCCCCACCCAAUACAUCAUCCACCUGGGUAGUAAAGGAAGAAACGAAAACAAUAUAAGCCACACUGGUUCCAUGGUAACAAUGCAUCCAAGUCCGCACUUAUUAACACUGGUUCUCAAGGACUCGGGACAUUGGGCCAAGCUUUCACAGGUGUCUUGGGGUUUGAGUGCAGUCAGAGCUGACCCGGGACUAAGUCUGCUUCUUUGACCUCCACUGAUUCCCCUUCGCCCUGUCACAAAAUGAGCAAAUGAAAAGCCUCUCCUACUCCCGUAACUCUGUCUCCAUCCACUUAUGCAGCGGGAGACCCAAAUGCCCCACCAAGGAAGCCCCACCUCCCUGCUCCCAGCAGCCCGGUUCACUCAGUGGCUUUGUGAAUGUAAAUGAGGGGCAGAGGCCCCAGAUUGAAAUGUUUUUCUAUAUACUAGAACUAUUUUUUGAUAAAUUAUAUAUUUUCCUUCCUAGUUGAAGUGUUAACUGCCUGUGUGUCACUAGCUGAGAAUUCCAG